AUGUAUCAGCAUUUGCACUGCCUUCCUUCUUUUUUCUGCCGCGAGCCGAGGCCACUGCGCGUGGCGGGCCGUAGUUGCCAAGGCGAGCGCUGGGAAAGGCUCCAUGGAUCCUUGUUGGAAGCCUCGCGCAAUGAGGAGUUCUUGCGAGACUUCAGUCCUGCGAUGUUUGAGCUGACACAGUAUGAGAUUUUUGAGUGGUUCAAAGCCAACUACCGUGACUGCGUGGAAGGGCUGCUGUCUAUGGUUCUGUAUUUGUCCUUGGUGAUGGAAGAGCGUCGUGCCUCACUCUUGGAUCUGGCCAGCCGUGCGGCACGCGAGCUCAAUCCUCUGGCGCUGCGCUCGGGGCAAUCGUCCUGGCCCUUCUUCGGGCUUUUGGGGCAGCUACAGCUCGUCUGGCAAGGCGGUCAGCAUGCUGCGCCGCUCUUGACCGAUCCUUGGCGGCUUCCGCCGGGCAAUUGUCCGAAGCCCUUGCCGCCCGUUCUGCAUCCAUUUCGAAAGGGCGAGACUUUGGGCAACCUUGGUGCUGCCUGGGGUUGGUCGCAAGGUCCUUCGCCUGUGGAUGAUUUUGCCAACAACUCCGCCCGUGUCUUUGAUGGAACGGAUUGGUCCUUGAUGGGCAUCCUGGCGGGAGCCACCGUGCUGGGCUUCGAGCCCUUGGCCGAGAAUCGGAAGCUCAUCAGCGAUCGCUUGCCCGUGCGGCUGGGGGAGCAGCGUCAGCAUGGACGAGGAGAAGAAGCUCAUACGACAGAACCUUCCAAGCGUUUGGAUUCUGGUUACAAAUUGCUUUCCUUUUGCGCCUUGGCCAAUCCCAACGCAGGCUAUGAGAUGGGCGCCUUGCGUGGUGCCGAAGGCUUGCUCGCGUCAGGGCGCAUCCGCUUCUUGGUGAUGGAGUUCCACCCAGGCAUGCUUGGAAGCAGCGGGACAGAUCCAGAAGGACUCCUGCAUUUCCUUCACCACUAUUGCUUUCGUUGCUUCUCCUUGAAGAUCGAGCAAGCCCAGAGCUUCAGUCAUUUCGUGGCGCGCUACGUCACGCCCGAAGCCACUCCCUUGCAGGGACUUGGCCAGCUGGAGGAUUUGGUGUGCGAAAACUUGGCUUUCAAGUGA